GUUUCCUUUGCUGCAUAAUUGUACAUCAAAAAUACCUAAAUGCAGGCGGAAUGUGAGGCUCCAAUUUGUAUAUAAGUUGGGGCUCUUUCAAUAAAUCUUCUUAUCCAGAAUGCCUUGGAAGUCUGAGUCUUUCUCGCAACGUGCCCGCCAUACGAAGCCUCUUUUCAGGCCGGGUUCGGUCUUCGGCACGGAACAUCCUCGCCACUUCUUACCAUCCGGGCUUAGCCAGUACUUUACACCUGGUUGAUCCCCCCCCUCUGAGCCAGGGCUUUCAGCGCCCAACACAGGAGAGAAAUGGCAGAGCCUCUCUGGGUUCGCCACGGGCCCAUUCGCCUGAGGUACAUCGACAACGACUACCUUGACUCGGAACUCAGAGCUCUUUUCGCUCAAGUUCAAUUUUUCGUCGAAAUUGAGAUGGGGGUUUGUUGGGUCACACUGCCGCACCCUGAAGUUUUGACCGCGGAACAUAUUCAGUAUAUCCAGAGCAGACAACCACAUUACUCUCGUCGAUCCCGAAGACCCAGACGUUGACGACUCUUCAGGACCUGAAGUAUCUCUAGGCACGCUGGUCAGGGGCGGGGUACCACUGCGUAGGGGUCGAGUCCAGCAAAUCGACACUCAAGGAUUCAGUUGGGCACAGGACUGUUGCAAAACCCCCUUCUUUUCCUUCGUCAAUAAUUACAUACGAGACAGAAGCCAAAUAUGAAGGAGUGGCCUCCAAAUAUCUCUGUUAUACCUAACGUACAU